CCGAAUAGUCCAUUCGAGUCCUCGGCAGACGGCAGCAAGGGGGAGAAAGAGCCGGAGAGGACGACCCGGGCUCCCCUUGCGUGCUCCGCGCACCCCGCCUCGCCGUCGCCGAGUUUAAAGUAGGUAAUAGGAAAACAGAACUAUGAGCUCAGGGAGUGGUGCAGACAAUGACCAUGCGAAAGAAGCAGCACUAUAUGAGCAGCACCUCUCCAAGAUUGGUCAAGUUAGAGCUGCCCUAGGAAAAUUAUCAGGAAAAUCUGCACUGUAUUGCUCAGAUGGUUCAGUUGCGAGGUAUCUGAUAGCAAGGAAUUGGGACGUGAAGAAGGCUACCAAAAUGCUUAUGAAAACCUUGAAAUGGCGUUCCGAGUAUAAGCCUGAUGAGAUCCGUUGGGAUGACAUAUCAGAUGAAGCCGCGACUGGGAAAAUUUACCGGAGUGAUUAUUUUGACAAAAGUGGACGGAGUAUUCUUGUCAUGAGACCUUCAUGCCAGAAUACCAAGAAGGCCAAGGGUCAGGUCAGGUAUUUGGUAUACUGUAUGGAGAAUGCAAUCCUAAAUCUUCCACCUGGUCAGGAUCAGAUGGUUUGGCUCAUUGAUUUUGCUGGUUUUGGCAUGUCUCACUUAUCACUUCACGUGACAAAGUUGACAGCAGAUGUCCUACAAGGUCAUUAUCCUGAAAGAUUGGGUGUGGCAAUUCUUUACAAUGCUCCCAGAGUUUUCGAGUCUUUCUGGAAGAUGGCAAGUCCCAUUCUUGAGCCGAAAACGAGAAAUAAGGUCAAAUUUGUAUACCCUGAUAAUCCUGAAACCGACAAGAUAAUGGAAGACCUUUUCAACAUGGAUGAAUUAGAAUGUGCAUUUGGCGGUAGAAGCCAGGCCAGUUUUAACAUAAAUGAUUUUGCUGCAAGGAUGAGAGAAGAUGACAACAAGAUGCCCUUGUUUUGGAGCCCUGAGAAUUCUGCGCUUGCUUCCGAGCCCUAUCUGAUGAAGAACCAUGGGUCCCAACAAUGUAGCUCAGGUUUGAAGACUGAAGAGACUGCAUCAGACAAGAUUGAGGAAACAGAGAAUGUAUCUGAAAAGAGUGAAGAAUCAGAGGAGAGUACAUCGGAGGAAAAGGAAGAGGCUGAGGUUGCAUCUGAGGAGAGGGGGCAGACUGAGAUUUUGUCUGAGAAGAGGCGUGAAACUGAGACUGGCUCUGUAAAGGAUGAAACGGAGACUAGAUCUGAAAGGAAAGAAGAAACUGAAUCAAACACAGAUAAAUUGACAACCUCAAAAGGAGAAGGUAUUACAUCUUCAGAUAAAGGUGCCAGUUCAUCUGAUCCAUGAAGCAUCACCGAAACAUACAUUCCAGAUGUUGGUAUGAGCUCCACCUCCACUGCAGCAAAUUACCACCAGCACGUGAACAUGAAAAGUGAUAACAAUCCUUUAACACAAACCCGGAAGUGCUGCCAGACUUGUUCUGUAGUCGGCACCCUUGUGACCUUAUUCGAAGAACCUUUUGGCAACAAACUGAACUUAUCAGAUGGUAAACCGCAAUAAAAUACUUGAUUACACUCA